CUUUUAGGCACCAUUAUCGUCACUAAAUUAAACAUUUUCCUUCACAGCUUUAAAUAUGAGAUUUAGCCAACCCCUCCUAGCCAUGUGCGGCAUCAUUGCCUCGGCUGCGUCCACAACCACUUCGUUUCCUGCCAACUUUACUUUACUAUCCACUCUUGAUAACUCAGUACUUACCACGGAUGGUUGGGGUAUCUAUGACAGCACCCUAGAAACUAUAUUGACGUUAUCUCCCUAUAAUGACGACACCAUCGGAUACGGGCCCUACGACCAGGCACUGGCUGUGCUAGCCGAUGAGACCUCGUUUGCAUGGAUCAUUCAACUUCAGGCAGAGCCUGAGGCUAUCGACACGGUGACUGGGUGGGGGGUCUCGGAUGAUGGGUUCCUUAUGCUGAACGGAGAGCAGCUGUGGGCAUUUAAUGAGAGCGCCGCGGAGCCAAGGAGGCUGUAUUGGGCUGGUAAGGGAAAUGAGCAGGGCAUGGUCAGUACACAGCUAUUGGUGCAAAGUGUUUGACUGAGACAGGGCUUGGUGCUUACUACUAUACUUGG